UGCCCAGAAAAUCAUUCUUGUGAUCCUAGUGCCAAAGUGAGUUCUACUUUAAGCUUAUAAAUUAUUCUAUAAACUGAUGGAUUACCAUAUGGCUUUUUGCCGCUCGUGGACUCUCCCCCUGGAUCCACACCCACAUCCGAUCUUGGACACACCCCCUAAAUCCAAACCCUGUUAAAUCCCAGGCACCUGCUUCAGCUGUUGCUCAGGAGACUAACACAGACACCCUCAGCACAUGUGAACGAUCUUUGAUGCAAUCCUCUGAAAAGCAGUCCCCGCGCCAUCUCUCCUCCUCCUCUCUGUGCAGGUGGCAAGAGCAGCCAUGGCCUGGAGCUUCCAUGGCAAAGUCCAGCUUGGGGGACUGCUCCUCUCUCUCCUUGGCUGGGUCUGCUCGUGUGUCAGCACCGCCCUGCCCCAGUGGAAGACUCUCAACCUGGAUCUGAACCAGAUGGAGAUUUGGACCCUGGGGCUGUGGCAGGUGUGCGUGGACCAGGAGGAAGUCGCCACCGUGUGCAAGGCCUUUGAAUCCUUCCUGGCCCUGCCCCUGGAGCUGCAGGUAUCGCGCAUUCUCGUGGUGGCCUCUCACAUGCUGGGACUGCUGGGGCUUCUGCUCUCUGCCUCUGGGUCCGAGUGCUUCCGGUUUCACAGGAUGAAAUGGGUCUAUAAGAGGCACCUUUGCCUCCUGGGGGGGACCUUGGAGGUGUUAGCUUCAGCCACCAUGCUGUUUCCAGUCUCCUGGGUGGCUCACUCCACUAUCCAAGACUUCUGGGAUGACAGUGUGCCUGAGAUUGUGCCUCGGUGGGAGUUUGGAGAUGCCCUUUUCCUGGGCUGGACGGCUGGAGUCUUCCUUGCUCUGGGUGGACUACUCCUCAUCCUCUCGGCCUGUGUGGGGAAGGAAGAUGUGCCUUCUGCCUGGAUGGCUGGGCCCACAGCCCCUCCACCUGGUGCCGCAGGUGAGGAGUCACACAGCUUCUUGCAACUCACAUCAAGACCUAGGAUCUUGGUCAUUUAGGACUGAUUCCCAUCAGGGGAACCUUGGACAAAGGAAUGUCAGUAGAGUCCUUCCUCUCUCUCACCCCUCAUCACUCUAUGUUGUAUUCCUCAUUUUGGGGGUGGUGAUUAAGGCACUUUCCACUUUGUCAAUGAUGUAAUGAUCUUUG